GCUGAAGUUUCUCACUGACACUAAUUAAAAAUGUCGUGAUCGCAUUUCAUCCAGCGUUAUCUACAAAAGCUCAAUGUGGGGCUUAAACUGCUCCAUCGCCCUCUGAAGUGUGCAGGAAACUCUGGGCGGCGUCAGAGCACGGAGGAAACAAAGUCCAUUUUGGGGACUUGGGAGCAAAAGAAUUAGCAGCAAAAGGAAACUGAAAUAAGGAUGUGCAUAGCUGGAGGUGGGCUGUAACCACGUAUGGCUGAGCUGUGCAGCACACAGCUAAUGCACUCCUGCCUUUACGGCUCAGGCUUAUUGCUUCUUCUGUCUGAGGAGCCCAGUAUGUUUCCUGUCUGAGCAGGUGGGUGCAGAUCUGUGGCUCAGGAAAGCUCCAUAACUAGUUGUUUUAACCCCUUUGAUCCCUUUUCUCCCCCAGCUGAGGUUUCUGCUGCGUCGAGACAUCAUGAUCAAGGCUUCGAUGAGCUCUGGGAAGGUGACUCUCUUCCACCAGGAUCUGCAGAGUGGGGUCACCUAUCGGGUCCCCGCACUGCUGUAUAUCCCCCCAGACACGCUCCUGGCGUUCGCGGAGAAACGCUCCUCUGCCAGGGACGAGGACGCUGAGUACCUGGUGCUGAGACGAGGUCGGAAGACAGGGACUUCGGUCGAGUGGGGGCCCAGGGAGCCCUUGACGAGCGCAGUGUUAGAGGGUCACCGCACGAUGAACCCCUGCCCGGUGUACGAGUGGAAGAGUCAGACUGUCUUCCUGUUCUUCAUCUGCGUGAGGCAGCACGUCUCAGAGCAAUGGCAGAUCUGGACCGGGCAGAACGCCGCCCGGCUCUGCUACAUCCGCAGCGGAGACGCCGGCCAGACCUGGAGCUCGUUAACGGACUUGACGGAGCAGGUGAUUGGGGAAGACUUGAAGGACUGGGCCACGUUUGCGGUGGGGCCAGGGCACGGGGUGCAGCUCCACUCUGGGCGGCUGGUGAUCCCGGCUUAUACCUACCACAUUACCGCUCGCUGCUGCCGCCUGCCGCUGCCCUGGGGGACCCAACCCCGGUCCUUGGUCUUUUAUACUGACGACUGCGGGCAGCGCUGGCACAAGAGUGAGCUGAUUGAGGGCAUGAAGACGGGGGAGUGCCAGGUGGCCGAGGUGGCGUGCCGGGCCUGCGAUCCUAUGCUGUACUGCAACGCCCGCACCCCCUGCCGGUGCCGGGCAGCGGCGCUCAGCACAGACCAGGGGCUCACAUUCGAGAACCCCUCCUCGUGCAAGAAGCUGUGCGAGCCGCCUCACGGCUGCCAGGGCAGCGUGGUGAGCUUCACACCGACAACAGGGCUUCUGGAGGCGGAUGGCGCGGAAGGGCCAGACGCCCCAGCCCACGAGACGACCUGCCUGUUGAACAGUGAGAACGCCCCCUCUGCCAUCCGCAGAAGCACCUUGUCGUGGCUACUUUACUCCCACCCGAUGGAUAAAAGCAAGCGGGUCAACCUGGGCAUCUACCUCAACCAGUCCCCACUGAAUGAGGCCAAGUGGGAGCACCCCUGGCUCCUGUACCAAGGGCCGUGUGGUUACUCGGACCUGGCCGUAUUACAGGAGGCGUCAGCACCGCUCUUGUUUGGCUGCCUGUUUGAGUGUGGGGUGACUCACGCGUGUGAGGAGAUUGCCUUCCAGCUCUUCUGCUUUGAGGAUCUCCAAAGCUCCUUGGAGGAGCCCAAAUCAAAGCAAAAAUCUGACUAGUGGUGUCCUCCGGGGGAGUAAGUGAGGCGCACAGACACCCCCGAAGAUCCCCACCCCCACAAGGCCUGGGCUUCCGAAAACAGCCUCUUCUUUCGGGUGUCUCUGGUUCAGGGUCCGGGACUUCCUAGGGCAGGGGUGGGCAAACUACAGACUGAGGAAUGAGUGUAAUAAUUUCUGUGGAGUCGGGACAACUUCUUUUGUCAGGGUGGAUGUGCCAUGGCCCUGUGCUAAAAUUCUUAUGCCCUUCCAAUCAAAAUGCUUAAUGUCCACCACUGCCCCCAGGUGGUUAGAAUCACAUCAACUCAUAGGCACAGGAACUAAGAGUCUGGGGAGUGCUGCCGCAACCCCAGAUUUUACGUGGGGCUCCGCUUCCGGCCCCACACCUGGGGUCCCGGCUGCUGGCCCCACACCCAGAGUCCUGGCUGCCGGCCUUGUGCCCAGGGUCCUGGCUGCCAGCCCCGUGCCUCGUGGCUCUGCUCCCAGCCCCACAUGUGGGGUCCUGUCCUGGCACUGAGCCUGGGACUCCGCCCCCAGCUGUGGCCUCAGCCUCCUUACCCCUGUCCAUGUCCCCCCUCCCAGAGCCAUGGCCCUGCUCCCAGCCUCAUCUCUAGCGGGUGGCGGGCGAGCGGACAUGGGUAAGGGAGGUACAGUAUCCCCACUAUAAAAAUGAUACUGGAAUCCAUCUUAAAUCUGAUGCUUUUUCAUUUAGAAGGAGGGGUGGGAAUCCAGAGAAAGACAAAGGAUUCUCACCUUGUGCCAAAGAUAUAAAAGGGGUGGAACAGAACAAAGGGAGUUUCCAGUCAUGAGAACACCCCGGCUUUCCAUCUAAGACGUCUGCUGGAACUGACAGGGACUGUACCAGGGGAAAGGAUUGGGUCCAGACUAGGAAGGAGUCUAGUCUGUGAAAGAAGCUUAUUGGAACAUUUCUGAGGGUGAGAUUUACUUGUAAUCCGUUUCUUGAUGUGUUAG